AUGAGCCAAAAGAUUUACAACUCAUCAACAGCAAGCAACGACAAGAUUCAUGUAACCAGUCAUGAUCUGUCAAAUACCUGGAAGGUAGAGGAAGUGUAUCUUUCCGACGGUGCUUUUACAAGCCAUAAAGGGCCUGUUGCCAAAAAUUUGAGAUUCCAAUUGGAAGCUUUACAAAAAAGUUUGAUGCCGGUCCAGGAUGGAAUAAUCGCACUGAUUAAAUUGACGGCCAAAUUAACGAAGGAUACGGAAAAAGCUGAAGCCACCGUUGUAUUGGGAGAGCUACGUAAAGCUGAUGAAUCGAUGCGAGACCUAUUGAAGUUUGAACAGCCCAUUGAACUAUUUAUGUUAAUGAUGCCCCAGGUGUGGCGAAAAUUCGACCAGGAAACGGCAGACAAAUUUGCCAGGAGAAAAGCUGGUGAAUUCCUGGAUCCAGAUCUUGCCAAGGUCUUGGGGGAACAAGAAAAGAGAGCUGACCGAAUCAAACGCGAACCGAAAGACAAACAAAUGUUUCGCAGUCAACCGAAGCGAUUCCGAGGAUCAUACUACGAAGGUCACGGCUCAAAUUCACCAGACUUCAAUAGCCAACAACAUGUUGGGCGCGGUGGAUAUGGAUCACGAGGUCGUGGAGGAGGUACUAGAGGCAGAAAACAGCCAGGACCCGACCACAAAUGUCACAAGUGUGGAUCAACUGAGCAUUUCUUCAAGAAUUGCACAAAGAAUUGUACGGAAUUUAAUGAUGAUGAUACUAGAAACACUGACACAAUGACCCAACAGAAAGAAGCUCCUGUAGAGCAAAUUGACAUUGAACAUAAAGAGACACAGCAUGCCCAAGCUCAGUUUUCACCAGGAUCUAUCCACUCAGAAGAGGUCAACAAAUUUUCGAAGAAGGAGCUAAAUGCAAAUGAGUGGGUGAUGCUAACACUGAAAGAAGGCUACGUUAUUCCUUUCAAAGAGUUCCCCCCAAAGUAUGAAGAACCCAAUAAUGCAUCGGCCAUUCGCGAAAUGACUUUCACGUACGAAACCGUUCUUGAAUUGAAGAAUUCUGGAGUAGUCAAGUAUACCAAUGAAAAACCACAUUGUGUGUCACCACUCACUGUCUCAUACAAGACCGGAAGAGACGGCUCAAUAAAGAAAAGACUUUGUUUGGACGGAUAGCGAUGCAUAAACAAAUGCAUAAAGGAGCAGAAGGUCACUCUCAGUCAUUUUCAAAGAGCCUUGGAGUUGACACGAGAGAAAGAUUACCAAGUGACUUACGACCUAAAAUCCGCUUACCACCACAUUAAAAUUCAUCCUACACAAAACAAGUACCUCGGAGCAGCGGUAACAAAGCCUGAAGGAGACUUACAGUACUUCGUUUUCUUAUACCUCCCUUUUGGCUUAUCGUCGGCCGUCCAUUGUAUAACAAAAAUUUUCAAGCCAGUCAAUGCUUACAUACAUGGAAGAGGCAACAGACAUUCCAUAUACCUGGAUGAUGGGAGAAUCACGGUAGCAUAAAAAAUUCAAGCAGAGGAAAAUCGUAUUGCAGUUUAUGAGGCUCUACGGAAAGCUGGAUGGAUUCUAGAAAACAAAAAAUCAGACCAAGAGGGAGACCCAAGUCAAUUAAAAGAAUACUUAGGAUUCGUUAUCGACACAAUCAAUAUGACUGUACGCCUAACGGAUGUCAAAAAACAAACAGCUCCUCAAACAAGUAUGGGAGACAAUUUCUCUUGGAUCAAACAAGCUACCAGCCAAGGAAUGGGCCAAAACGUUAGGGAAAAUUGUAGCUACAGAACCAGCAUUGGGACCAGUCAUCAUCAUGGCAGCAAGAGCCGCAUAUUUAAGAUUGGAUGAAGCUGUGUGCGACCGAGGAUGGCACACACAGUUAACAAUGGACAAGGAAUCCAUUGACGGACUCACUUUCUUCGCCGAAAACUGUUCCAGUUUCAACAAUUCACCAAUCCGAUCAGCAGCCACGGAGAUUUCUGUGUUGUCAAUAAUCGGGCCACCAGAUAAUUUCAUCCAGAAAGGAUUUGUGGCUAAUCACGCACGCACCGAUAAUGAAAAAAUUUGGGCCAGCGACGCGUCAGGAUACGCGACUUGUGCGUAUUCAAUAAAAGGUGACCACCUCUAUUUGCGAGGGACAUUGAACGAGGAAGAAAGACGACUUUCAUCAGGCCACAGGGAACUUAUUGCUGUAACGAAGACCUUGAAAUAUUACGAGAGCACAAACGCGACUAAUUCCCAAGCCACAAAUGUUUAUUGGCUCACUGACAGUCAAAACAUGACCACUUUUCUCACCAAAGGGUUUAGUAAAGGCCCUUUUCAAAAGGAGGUGUUCGGCAUAAUGACCCUAUGCAAAAAACUGAACAUUAGAAUAAUACCAAUCCACUUGUUACGUGAUGAUCCACGCAUUAAGAUGGCAGACGACGGAUCGAAGAUGACCGAUACAGACGAUUGGCAGGUGAAUCACGAAACCUACCAAAGAAUCAACAGAAGAUACAGUUUCACUAUCGAUUUAUUCGCGUCUGACCGCAACACAAAGUGCCAGAAGUUUUUCUCAAAUUUUAACGGCACGAACACUUUUGGCAUCGAUGCGUUUUCGCACUCGUGGGAAGAUGAAGUGGCUUGGAUCUGCCCACCAAUUAGAGAAGUAAUCAGAACGAUAAGAAAACUGAAGAUGUCGAAAGUCAGUGGAGUCAUUUUCAUCCCCCGAGUGGAAGACGGCGGAUUACUGGACAGAGAUUUUCGACAAAGAAGCUCAAUUAAUGUGGCCCUUUAAAUCUGUUGAAAUUCACAAACCCUACAUUAUCCAAGGUAUUCUCAGCUACAGAUCUCCUUUUACAGGACGAGCAAAAAUUAAUUUCCUUGCAAUUGAAUUUGACUCACACUAAGUGGAGAAAAAUUAAAAUUUGUCUGGUUCAUUGA